UGACCAAUGAUCAUGAUGCGUUUACUGCUUGUGCCAGCGCUGUUUAUUCUUGCUGCCUGUGCCAGCAACAAGCCUGAACCUGACAACGGACAGAAUUGUGUUGUGGGCACUUUGUUCACCCAUAUUCUUCAACUGGAACGAACUGUGGCAAAUCUGUCAACAGAACUGAGGUCCAUGGCAUCAAACCAAGAAACAAUGAAAUCCGCUCUACGGGACAAGGACGCACUGCUCGCUAAUAUUACACGAUCACUUGCGGCCCAAGCAACUGACGUGGCCUACAGCGUGUCUCUUCGGUCAAACAUCAACCAGAUUGUUAAAAAACCUUUUACAUUUGACAUCGUCUUGUACAACAAGGGGAAUGCUUACAACAGCGCCACUGGUAUGUUCACAGCCCCCGUGUCUGGCACAUACGUCUUCUGGGCAAAUGUGAUGGUAAGAUCGAGUACCUCUAUGACGCUCAACAUCUUCAAAGGAAGCACGGUGAUUGGUCGAGGGCAUAUCGUCCGCCACGUAAAUGGUGUAGCAUCAAUCACCACAACUACCUACUUGGGCCAAGGAGACCAGGUCUGGAUGCAUGCUGAUGGGUCUUCUUCCACCAUUCCUCUCCAGGGAAACAAAUAUUCAAGUUAUGGAGGCACACUCAUACAUGCCCAUUCAUUGAUUUGGGAUUGCCAUGUAUUCUGUACACUAUUACUAAUACAUGAAAACAGAAUUGUUGAUUCAGUGUUUCCAAUGAUCAUGAUGCGUUUACUGCUUGUGCCAGCGCUGUUUGUUCUUGCUGCCUGUGCCAGCAACCAGCCUGAACCUGACAACGGACAGAGUUGUGUUGUGGGCACUUUGUUCACCCAUAUUCUUCAACUGGAACGAACUGUGGCAAAUCUGUCAACAGAACUGAGGUCCAUGGCAUCAAACCAAGAAACAAUGAAAUCCGCUCUACGGGACAAGGACGCACUGCUCGCUAAUAUUACACGAUCACUCGCGACCCAAGCAACUGACGUGGCCUACAGUGUGUCUCUACAGUCAGACAUAAACCUGAUUGGUAAUAACCCUCUUACAUUUGACACGGUCUUGUACAACCAAGGGAAUGCUUACAACAACGCCACAGGUAUUUUCACAGCCCCCGUGUCUGGCACAUACGUCUUCUGGGCAAAUGUGAUGGUAAGAUCGAGUACCUAUAUGACCGUCAACAUCGUCAAAAGAAGCAAAAUGAUUGGUCGUGGGUUUAUCAGAGGCCAAUUACAUGGUGUAGCAUCAAUCACCACAACUACCUACUUGGGCCAAGGAGACCAGGUCUGGAUGUAUGCUGAUGUGUCUUCUCGCACCGUUCCUCUCCGCGGAGGCAAAUAUUCAAGUUAUGGAGGCACACUCAUACAUGCCAAUUAAUUUAUUUGGGACUGCCAUGUAUUCUGUACACUAUUUCUAAUGCAUGAAUACAGAAUUGUUGAUUCA